GCGCCGUACUGGCGCCCGGAGCGCUCGUUCAUUAUGAAUUUAUUUUUUCCCUCCCCUGUCCCCAUCUCUCCUCCCCCUCCCCCCCACGUCCCCCUCGGGUGAGUCGGCAUCCAGCUUUGCGUUCCGUCGGCUCGGUGUCCCUCUCAUGACCUUCCCCUCCACCCCUCCGCUUUUAAUGGGACCCUCACGCGCUGCCGCGCCUACGACGGAGCUACACAGUCACCGCGGCAUCGGCUCUGUGGCGUCCGUUCUCCCCCUGAGAACCUCGCCCCCGAGCCACUGAGGUCUACGGACAAGGUUCCUCAUGAAAGUAUUCUUUUUAAGACAACUAAAAGACAGGGGGAUGGAAAGAAAGUGCUGCAAGCGCCCGAGGUCAUGCUCCUCAGCUAUUUAUACAUUCCUGCUAGGCGUGGUAUUCAUUGCUUUAAGUUCAAGUCGCAUCUUACUGGUAAAAUACUCUGCCAACGAAGAGAACAAGUAUGACUAUCUUCCAACUACUGUGAAUGUGUGCUCAGAACUGGGGAAACUAGUUUUCUGUGUCCUUGUGUCACUCUGUGUUAUAAAGAAAGAAAAUCAUCAAAGUAGACAUUUGAGAUGUGCUUCCUGGAAGGAAUUCUCUAAUUUCAUGAAAUGGUCCAUUCCUGGCUUUCUCUAUUUCCUGGAUAACUUGAUUGUCUUCUAUGUCUUAUCCUAUCUUCAACCUGCCAUGGCUGUUAUCUUCUCAAAUUUUAGCAUUAUAACAACAGCUCUUCUAUUCAGGAUAGUGCUGAAGCGUCAUCUAAGCUGGAUACAGUGGGCUUCUCUCGUGAUUCUGUUUCUGUCUAUUGUGGCGCUAACUGCCAGCACAAAAGCUUCACAGCAUAAUUUGGCAGGACACGGAUUUCAUCACGAUGCCUUCUUCAACCCAUCCAAUUCCUGCCUUCAUUUCAGAAGUGAAUGUUCCAGAAGGGACAAUUGUACAGCAAUGGAGUGGACUUUUCCUGAAGCUAAAUGGAACACCACGGCCAGAAUUUUCAGCCACAUCCGUCUGGGCUUAGGCCAUAUUCUUAUUAUAGUCCAGUGUUUUGUUUCUUCGAUGGCCAAUAUCUAUAAUGAAAAGAUACUGAAGGAAGGGAACCAGGUCACUGAAAGCAUCUUCAUUCAGAACAGUAAACUCUACUUUUUUGGCAUUGUCUUCAAUGGGCUGACACUGGGCCUUCAGAGAAGUAACCGUGGUCAGAUUCAGAACUGUGGCUUUUUUUACGGCCACAAUGCAUUUUCAGUAGCCCUCAUUUUUGUUACUGCAUUCCAGGGCCUUUCAGUGGCUUUCAUUCUGAAGUUCCUGGAUAACAUGUUCCAUGUCUUGAUGGCCCAAGUCACCACGGUCAUCAUCACCACAGUGUCUGUCCUGGUCUUUGACUUCAGGCCCUCCUUGGACUUCUUCCUGGAAGCUCCAUCAGUCCUCCUCUCCAUAUUUAUUUAUAAUGCCAGCAAGUCUCAAAACGUGGAAUGUGCGCCUAGGCAAGAAAGGAUCCGAGAUCUGAGUGGCAAUCUAUGGGAGCGUUCCAGUGGGGAUGGAGAGGAGCUGGAGAGACUUACCAAACCCAAGAGUGAUGAGUCAGAUGACGACGCUUUCUAAUUGGUACCCACAUACUUGGCAGCUCUGCAAACUGUGUUUAUACUUGUAACAUCUGCAGCAUUUGUCUUCUCACUCUGAUAAACUCUUUACAUAAAUCUAACCACUCCUGGACGGUUCUAUCCAAACCUUGUAGUACCUAAAGGGUGACACGUGUCUAAGGACUAGAGCAGGAAUGACAGCAUAAUGCCUGUAUCAGUAGCACAGUACUGAACAGGUCAGCAGGAUUGGUACAGGUUACUUUGCUUGUCCUCUAAGUUCCAGAAACCUUGUGGAAAUCAUGUUAAGUGGACCAAACCGUACAAACACCCAAAUGGAGAUCAGUUUGGCAGGUAUUAACCAUUAGGUACUAGUGUGCAUGCCACAGUGUCCUCUAUUUUUAUAUAUCAUUAUAAAUAUUGUGUAGGUUGUCCCUCCAAUUUUGAGAUCUUAGAUGUAGUUAUUUCACUUUUAAAGUAAUGAGACUGUAACUUCAUACCUGGCUGUGCCAUAGUCUUGGGAUGAGGGUCUGUGUGAGAUCUUUUGCUGAAAAAGCACAUUUUCCAAAACAAAAUUUCAGAAUCGUGAUUUUUAGGAAUUCAUGGGAAACUUUAUUCUCAGCAAUUUAGGAUUUGGUUAAAAGCUAUUUGCUCACGUCACAGUUACUGCUUGUUUUGUAAAUCACUUAAACCAUUGUGAGGUUUCCCUCCCUCUUCAGUUUGUACAUUUUCAAAAUCUUACAUCACAACUUUUGUGUUUGUAGGUUUUGCAGAAUUAAUAAGGCAUUUUAUUUUGUGAGUUGUUAAUUGAAGCUUGUGACUGUUAUGUACUUGAUAUAAUAUCCUGCUUGCUAGAGUCAAGGCAAGGGUGUCAAAACUAAUGUGGAAAAAUUGCUUUUACAAAAAUCUCUUUGUAAAUACCUGUUGACUUUUAAUGAAGCAGAAUACUGUUACUGUACAUCUAGGAAGGCCAGUCAUCAAGAGCCAUGUUGCAGAAACAGUUCAUACUCAUAAAUAAGUACAUGGUCUUUUUGUCAGGCACUUUUGCAUGCUGCCAAAUGACUCUUCUAGGUAUAGCAGCCAGGUGACAGAUAAUUAACAAGUGAGAAAACAGAGUAAUUUGUCCCAGGUCAUAUAGCUGGAUGGUGAUGGAAACAGACUUUAACUAAUAAGCUUGUAAUUAUUCAAAGUCCUACACUGUAAAUAUGAAUUAUAAGAUAUCAUACAGCCUUCACAUUCCUUCUUUCUUCAGUUUUCAUGUAUUUGUAUGUAAGAUAAUACUGUUAUUGAAUCCAUCUGUCAACCCCAGAAAAACAUAAUUGCCAAUAAUUGGUAAACUUUUUUAAUUAAAAUAAUUAUUAAACAUA